AUGAUCCCCAUAUUACAAGCUAUCUCUUUCUUUUCUCUAUUUUCACUGGAUCUCGUCUGCUUUUCGUUUUUUAUACGCACGCAUAUUUCCUUUCUCUCUCUGUCAAUUUGUCUGUUCCCCCCCUCUCUCUUAUACUGUCUCGACAUUUUUCUUUGUCGGCAGUCUAUUUCUUUCUUUCCCUCUUUAUUUUUUCUUUCUUUCUUUUUUGUCUGUGAUUCUUUCUUUUUUCCUUCUUUUACUCUUCCUUUUUUUCUUUUUCUCUUUUUCUCUUUCUUUCAUAGUUCUUCCAACCUUUCACUCUCUUUUCCUUUUUUCCUCGUCCUUCUGUUUUCCUCUUUUCUUUCGUUUCUUAUUCUUUCACUGAGUCUUUCUUUCUAUUUCCUUCUCCUUUCUUUCUUUGUUUCCCCAUUUUUGCCAUUCGUCUGCCUGAACUGUUGGAGUCCGGUUCUUAAUUCUUUUAUUGUGACCUUUUCUUAUUUUUCUCCCGCAUUCUUUCUUUCAUUCUUUGCUUAUUUUUCUUUUUCAUUCUUUCUUUCAUUCUUUGCUUAUUUUUUCUCCCUCAUUCUUUCUUUCAUUUUUUGCUUAUUUUUCUCCCUUAUUCUUUCUUUCAUUCUUUGCUUAUUUUUCUCACUUAUUCUUUCUUUCAUUCUUUGCUUAUUUUUUCUCCCUCAUUUCUUUCUUUCAUUCUUUGCUUAUUUUUUUCUCCCGCAUUCUUUCUUUCAUUCUUUUGCUUAUUUUUCUCCUCAUUCUUUCUUUCAUUCUUUGCUUAUUUUUUUUCCCCAUUCUUUCUUUCAUUCUUUGCUUAUUUUUUCCCGCAUUCUUUCUUUCAUUCUUUUCUCUUAUUUUUCUCCCUCAUUCUUUCUUUCAUUCUUUGCUUUAUUUUUUCUCCCGCAUUCUUUUCUUUCAUUCUUUUGCUUAUUUUUUCCCUUUCAUUCUUUCUUUCAUUCUUUGCUUAUUUUUCUCCCUCAUUCUUUCUUUCAUUCUUUUUUCUUAUUUUUUCUCCCCUGCAUUCUUUCUUUCAUUCUUUUGCUUAUUUUUCUCCCUCAUUCUUUCUUUCAUUCUUUUGCUUAUUUUUUCUCCCGCAUUCUUUCUUUCAUUCUUUUGCUUAUUUUUCUCCCGCAUUCUUUCUUUCAUUCUUUUUUGCUUAUUUUUCUCCCUCAUUCUUUCUUUUCAUUCUUUUGCUUAUUUUUUUCUCCUGCAUUCUUUCUUUCAUUCUUUUGCUUAUUUUCCUCCCCUCAUUCUUUCUUUCAUUCUUUGCUUAUUUUUUCUCCCGCAUUCUUUCUUUCAUUCUUUGCUUAUUUUUUCUCCCGCAUUCUUUCUUUCAUUCUUUGCUUAUUUUUCUCCCUCAUUCUUUCUUUCAUUCUUUGCUUAUUUUUUCUCCCGCAUUCUUUCUUUCAUUCUUUGCUUAUUUUUCUCCCUUCAUUCUUUCUUUUUCAUUCUUUGCUUAUGUUUUCUCCCACAUUCUUUCUUUUCAUUCUUUUGCUUAUUUUUCUCCCUCAUUCUUUCUUUCAUUCUUUUGCUUAUUUUUUUCUCCCGCAUUCUUUCUUUCAUUCUUUUGCUUAUUUUUCUCCCGCAUUCUUUUUUUUCUUCUUUUUGCUUAUUUUUCUCCCUCAUUCUUUCUUUCAUUUUUUGCUUAUUUUUCUCCUCAUUCUUUUUCUUUCAUUCUUUGCUUAUUUUUCUCCCUCAUUCUUUCUUUCAUUCUUUGCUUAUUUUUCUCCCUCAUUCUUUCUUUCAUUUUUUGCUUAUUUUUCUCCCUCAUUCUUUCUUUCAUUCUUUGCUUAUUUUUCUCCCUCAUUCUUUCUUUCAUUCUUUGCUUAUUUUUCUCCCUCAUUCUUUCUUUCAUUCUUUGCUUAUUUUUUCUCCCGCAUUCUUUCUUUCAUUCUUUGCUUAUUUUUCUCCCUCAUUCUUUCUUUCAUUCUUUGCUUAUUUUUUCUCCCGCAUUCUUUCUUUCAUUCUUUGCUUAUUUUUUCUCCCGCAUUCUUUCUUUCAUUCUUUGCUUAUUUUUCUCCCUCAUUCUUUCUUUCAUUCUUUGCUUAUUUUUUCUCCCGCAUUCUUUCUUUCAUUCUUUGCUUAUUUUUCUCCCUCAUUCUUUCUUUCAUUCUUUGCUUAUUUUUCUCCCGCAUUCUUUUUUCAUUCUUUUUCUUGCUUAUUUUCUCCCUCAUUCUUUCUUUCAUUCUUUUUGCUUAUUUUUUCCCCGCAUUCUUUCUUUCAUUCUUUGCUUAUUUUUCUCCCGCAUUCUUUCUUUCAUUCUUUGCUUAUUUUUUCUCCCUUAUUCUUUCUUUCACUCUUUGCUUAUUUUUCUCCCUCAUUCUUUCUUUCAUUCUUUGCUUACUUUUUCUCCCGCAUUCUUUCUUUCAUUCUUUGCUUAUUUUUCUCCCUCAUUCUUUCUUUCAUUCUUUGCUUAUUUUUCUCCCUCAUUCUUUCUUUCAUUUUUUGCUUAUUUUUCUCCCUCAUUCUUUCUUUCAUUCUUUGCUUAUUUUUCUCCCUCAUUCUUUCUUUCAUUUUUUGCUUAUUUUUCUCCCUCAUUCUUUCUUUCAUUCUUUGCUUAUUUUUCUCCCUCAUUCUUUCUUUCAUUCUUUGCUUAUUUUUCUCCCUCAUUCUUUCUUUCAUUUUUGCUUAUUUUUCUCCCUCAUUCUUUUUUUCAUUCUUUGCUUAUUUUUCUUCCUCAUUCUUUCUUUCAUUUUUUUGGUUAUUUUUCUCCCUCAUUCUUUCUUUCAUUUUUCGCUUAUUUUCUUCCUCAUUCUUUCUUUCAUUUUUGCUUAUUUUUCUCCCUCAUUCUUUUUUUCAUUCUUUGCUUAUUUUUCUUCCUCAUUCUUUCUUUCAUUUUUUUGGUUAUUUUUCUCCCUCAUUCUUUCUUUCAUUUUUCGCUUAUUUUCUUCCUCAUUCUUUCUUUCAUUCUUUGCUUAUUUUUUAUUUUGGUCACUUAUCGUCAUUUAUUUCUCAUUCAUUCAUUCUUUCUUUCUGCUUCUUUCUUUUCUUCUUCUUUUUCUUCUUCUUUUACUUCUUUUUCCUCUUCUUUUUUUUCGUCUUCUUUUACUUUAUCUUUUUCUUUUUCUUCUCUUUUCUAUUCCUUCUUUUUCUUUUUCCUUCUUUUUCUUUUUUCUUCUUUUUCUUUUUCUUCUUUUUCUUCUUUCUUUAUUCUUUUUCCCCGUUUUUCUUUUUCUUCUUUUUCUUUUCUUCUUUAUAUUUUCUUGUUUUUCUUUUACUUCUUUUAUCGUAUUCUUUUUCGUCUUUAUCUUUUAUUUUAUUGUUCUUCUUUGUCUCCUUCCCCUCUCCAUCCCCCUCCUUCUUCUUUUCCCCCUCCCUCUCCUCCUCCUUCUUCUUCUUUAA